GGGGGUGGUGGGCAAUUACCCUGCAUGUGUGUCUAUAUAUAUAACCAUCUGCACAAAGAGUGUUGAACAGAAGAAAAAGAAGAAGAAUAACCCAACAAAACGGCUAUAAUUUAGCAUUUUCCCGAAGUAGUCAAAUUAUACAAGGAAAAAUUUACUCCCCCCUCUCAAUUUGAUUAUAUUGGCAAUUCCAUUGUUGUAAAUUUGAGAGGGAGGGGUAUUGGCUUUAAUCAGGGGGUUUUUCUCUUCAAUAAUCUCUCUUUGAUAAUUUUUGUUAUCUUUCUGAAUUUUAUAGAAAGGUGGCAAAUUUGUAGAAAGAGGAGAUUUUUGAAUAUAGCUUUGGGUGCUGAUGGUGUCUGAUAGUUAUUAUCCUUCAAAAAAAAGUGACGAUAUUUGUGAAGACGUUUGUGGCGAGCAGUCUUCCCCUGGAAUAAUAAACAUGUCAAGACUACGGUGUAUGCUUCGAGGAUUGGAUUUAAAAGCUAUUAUCUUUUUGGUUGUUUUUGUGCCAACAUGCAUUGCUGGUAUAUACUUUCAUGGACAGAAGAUUACCUACUUCCUUCGCCCGUUAUGGCAAUCCCCUCCGAAACCCUUUAUUGAAGUUACUCACUAUUAUCACGAGAAUGUCUCGAUGGAGAACCUUUGCAAGCAACACGGAUGGGGAACUCGUGAAUAUCCUAGGCGCGUUUAUGAUGCAGUUUUGUUUAAUAAUGAAGUGGACAUGCUUACUAUCAGAUGGAAGGAAUUGUAUCCUUACAUCACACAGUUUGUUCUUCUCGAGUCCAACUCCACGUUUACUGGUUUGCCCAAGCCCUAUACUUUUGCUAUUAACCGGGACCAAUUUAAGUUUGUGGAACCUCGAUUGACUUAUGGAACCAUUGGAGGAAGAUUCAGAAAAGGUGAAAAUCCGUUUGUUGAAGAGGCAUAUGAGAGAGUAGCACUCGACCAGCUUUUGAGAAUAGCUGGCAUAGAGGACGAUGAUUUGCUGAUAAUGUCCGAUGUUGAUGAAAUUCCUAGCAGGCAUACUAUCGAUCUUUUGAGGUGGUGUGACGAUAUUCCUCCAGUUCUUCAUCUUCAUUUGAGGAAUUACUUGUACUCUUUUGAAUUUCAAAUUCAGCACAGAAGUUGGAGAGCUUCAGUCCACAGGUAUCAGAAAGGCAAGACUAGAUACGUACACUAUCGUCAAACUGAUUACCUUUUGGCAGAUUCAUGUUGGCAUUGUAGCUUUUGUUUCCGCCACAUAUCUGACUUCAUAUUCAAGAUGAAAGCUUACAGCCACACCGAUAGAAUCAGGUUUUUGCAUUAUUUGAACCCUAAAAGAAUACAAGAUAUUAUUUGUCAAGGGGCAGAUUUGUACGACAUGCUUCCUGAGGAGUACACAUUCAAGGAUAUCAUUGGUAACAUGGGACCCGUCCCUCAUUCUUACUCGGCCGUGAAUCUUCCUGCUCAUCUGCUGGAGAAUCCCGAGAAGUACAAGUAUCUCUUGCCUGGGAACUGCAAAAGAGAAAGUGGCUAAGUUUUUACCACGGAGUUGAGUGCAUUUUCUUAACAUAGGAGGUGCUUCAUGUGCAGGUUUUAUGUUGCAACAUGAGGGACUCUUAUCAGGUAAUUAAUGAUGGUCGUGCUCGGGAUAUAUAGUGGCAUUUUCUGUUUGUCUUGGGUUCAUUUGAGUACAUUCAUUUGCCAAGUAAACAUUUAAUUUAGGGGUGAUGAUGUGAAGGCUGGGGGGAAACUCGAAUGUUUCCUGUCUGUAUUGCGCAACCCUUUGGAUGAGAUCCUACUCUUUGGAUGACAUAAACUCGGGCUUUUUGAUUGUAGAAUUGGUUUUCUUAUUCUUUUUCUCCUGUUAGAAACUAAUUUAUUCCAAUAUAUAAAUUUUGUUUUCCAAGGCUUUCCUCAUUGCACCUUUACCCCCUGAUAUCACAUUUCCUCCAUGUAUAUGACUAUGUGAGUUGAUUGGAUUCACCAGCAGUUUCUUGUC